AUGAGCAGCAGUCAUGGACAGCACUCCUCAAAUGGGCAGCGAGUCCCACAUAAACAGCAACCACACUAUCAACAGGACCCGUUGCAAGGCUACUCCAUAUCACAAUCUCAGUUGCCUUACAACUACACCCAAAUGGUACAAGGAUUGAAUGUCAAUCCACAGAUUAUAGAGCACCUUGCAGGGCUUGGGUCCCAACCCAUAUUGGGAAUCCAGGGAAUGAGUGCACCGGCUUCGUUGGUGAAUUCCGUCUCUGCUGCACCUGCAACUGUCUCGACUCCUGUUGUGGACACUCCAUCUGCUCCGGAAGAGCCACUUUAUGUGAAUGCCAAGCAGUAUCAUCGUAUUCUCAAGCGCCGGGAUGCCCGGUCUAAAUGGGAAAUGGCACAUGCUGCCAAACAAAAAGAAAAGGGUUACAUUCACGAAUCUCGACAUAAACAUGCAAUGCGUCGUCCUAGGGGACCUGGCGGUCGGUUUCUUUCAGCGCAGGAACUUGCUGCGUUGGAAGCAGUCCAAGGUGGAGUGAUGGGUAAUCCAAGUACUGAGGCGAUCAAUGCUGCUGUCGCUGCUGUUGCUGCUGCUACUGCUGCUGCAAAGUUGCGUCAUUCCGUCGAAUAUCCAUCCCACCCAAACUAUCAAGACAAUAGUAAUCUGCAUAAAUAA